UUUUUUUUUUUUUUUUUUUUUUUUUGGAAAAAACAUUUUUGGCAUCAAGGUGCCUGAAAAAAAAAUCGUUGGUGCCUGCGGAUUUUUCCUUCUCUCCUCUUCCUUUGGAUUUGGGAUUUAUUUGGUCUGAGCUGGUCGGGAUGGAAAGCCGCGACUUCGCUCCCCCGCACCCCCUCCUGACGGAGCGGAGCGCCCUGGUUCACAGCGCCGCGGCUCGGCUGGCGCCGGGCGGCCACGGCUCGGUGCAGCACCCGGCUCACUUCCAGCCAGGGAAGUACUACUCGUCCCACCUCUCCAUGGGUCCGCACACAGGGUACCCUGGCUAUUCAGGAAGUCUUGCUUCUCCAUUUCUCCCCAUGAGUGCCCUGGAUCACCACAGCAACAGUCUCUAUGGACAGCACCGCUUCUAUGAAACGCCAAAAGAUCACUUCUACAUGAGAGGCCUUCCUCAGUCCCCUCUGAUCUCUACCAAUCACAACCUUCCCCCGUUGUCCAGGUCYGCCCCAGGCCACCCGCUCGGCCCAUGCAGCCGGGAGGCAGACAGCGGGGGAGGAGGUGGGAAGAGCACCAAGGAUUUGGGCGAUAAGGGAGUCGCGUCAAAAGACAAGGAGCGAUCAAGCAGCAAAGAGCAACACCAGGACAGCAAAGACAAACAACAGCUCCAUCAUCACCAGCCUCAUCAGACGAAUGCUGCCACCCCUCCAUCGGGCCWCCAGCAUCAGGCUUACCCCCACCCUCACCACGCCCUUCUCCCCCACCUCUCGCUCCAGGGCCGGGAGGAGGACCACAGACACUCCCUGGAACGACACAAAGACUACAAAGACAAUGACUCGGGCAGUCAGGGAACAAAACUUAUGAGUGCCUGUAAACUGUCUGGUGCAGCCGGGUCAGAGUCUGCAUGUGGAGGAAAAGGAGGAACACUAAGCAGCUGCAAUGGUGGUGGGGUGGGUAGACUCACAUCUGGAGGCAGCAGGCAAGGCUCAAAAGAUUCACCCAAUAAUGGGGAAAUGAGAAUCAGAGAGUCCUCAACUUCCUCAACUGAAUGUAUGCGACGGGGGGCUGUUUCAGCAGCAGCUUUCCUGGCACCUCCGACACCUCACUCUGUGGCUUCUUACUCCAUGCCUCCACCUCCUGCACCACCACCUCCUCACUCUUUGCAUAUGGGUUCACCAGUGACAGGAGGGUGGCUACACCCUCCAAGUCACCAUCCGCAUCCUGAAUUUUACUGCCCCCCUCCUCCACUAACGCUGACAUGCUCUAAGGAUCCAGCGUCUUGCACUGGAAUGUCAGGCAGGGAGUCCAAAGUCACUGGCCCAACUUACGUGCCCUCGGUUGGGCUGCAGGGCGACUUGGCUGCCCCCGAUUGUCGUGGAGCAGGAGGGGGUGAGAGGAAAACAGAAGACAAAAGUGUAGAACGAUCUUAUGAAAGUUCCCCUCAUCACCACAGCCGCCUUAGCAGCUGCCAAAAGAAAGACAAAUCUCAGCCACAGCAACAGCAGAUGGGAUACGGCAAAGCUGACAAACUUCCUGACUGGAGCCAACAAACGCAUCACUUCCAAAAGUCUGGCUCCAAUGCAAGCUCUCAACCUGAACUGCGGUCCUGCAGCCUGGACACAUCUUCAUCAUUCAGAGAUGGUGACAUUUCAAAUGAGAUUUACCGCCCUUCAAUCCCACCAGAUAGCCACGAAGAACAGUCAAGUUCUGGACAGGGCGCGUCCAGCAACGGUCCCGAUUGCAGCACUUGUUCUUUUAGGGACUGUUCUCGUUCAAGUUCGGAUGGAAAGGUGGGACUAGGGCCCUCAGUGCAGAAGGAAGGACAAAAGGUUGCAAGAAUACGGCACCAGCAGUACAGCAGUCAGGCAGGAAGUGGAGAGGACAGGGAAAGAGAUGGAAAUCAAACUGCUUCUUCGUGGGCGGUUCGAGGGGCUCAACAAGAAGACCAGAGAAGAAGCACCCACCAUGUGUCGGUCAGUAAAGGGAGCCACUCUCAACAGCCUCCACCACUUACCCAUUCCUCACCACACACCAACGAUGGUGAGGGCAGUGCCAUAAAGAACCUAAUGAACUACAGCUCCCAGCAGCCCUUGUUGUUGCCACAGCGAAGUCCUUUUGGUGGUCUUGGCUGCCUCAGCAGGAGCGGGGAGAGAUCGGACAGGGCAGACAGAGGAGGAGCUAAAAGCAACGCCUCACUCCAAGAUCCCCCCAAACAGUCUCUCCCUUCUUGCCGGGGCUCCACUAACGAGGGGGAAAAGACUGACAGAGGCGUAAAGGAGGUGGGGGAAGCAGGAGAAGGGGAGGUCCGGCAGCCUCCGGUGGGUAUUGCUGUAGCCGUGGCCAGGCCCCCUCAUCGUUUCCAGGACAGCUCUCCUGGAAACAGCAGACAGAGCAGGGUGCUGCCCAGCAUGAAAGGGGUGUCACGCCCCGUGUAUCCUCUUGGUCGGGACCUGGAGGAGAGGAAGAGGAUGACAGAGGAACAGAUCAGCCUUCACCAUCUUGACAGAGACAGGGAACUGGUCAUCAGGGAAAACAAGGACUGCGUGGAGUUUGCCAGGAUCCACCCUUCUAGCAGCUGCCACGGUGACCUGACGUCUCACCUCCUGGUCACGGGAGGAACAAGCCAGUUGGGGGCAGACCCUGUUGCGCAUGCUCACCCAGUUCACCACCACUGGAUGCAGAGAACAGGAAGUCCCUCCCUUUGGAUGGGGCAUUCAUACAGUUUGGGCCACGUGGGAAUGAGUCCAAGUUUCCCACCCGGUCUUGCCAGUCCUUUGCCGCCUGUCUUGGGGUCACUUACCCAAGAUCCCAACUCCCCUCUUGUAGUUCUCCCUACAGAACCUGGGCCUCAUCAUCAUCUUGAUGUUUUGGAGCAGUCGGGUUUGUGGCCUCCAGUGUAUGGAGCUAGGGCCCCUCCUCCUCACCUGCAGCACCACCCGGUCUAUUCACGCACCUCAUUCUUACAACAGCAGGAGCUGUAUGCCCUGCAACAUCAGCAUCAGCAGCGAGCUAUGGAGCACAUGCAGCGCACCCCUAUAGGACAAAGAAAGCAUGAGGAUCACACUAUCACAAUAGAAGACUCUCCCAGUGAACCUCCAGCAUCCAGAACUCUCUCUUCAUCAUCUGCUGCCUCCUCCCAUGCGGCAAAACCCUUCUCCCACCCUCCUCCCCCUUUACACAAGACGUCCACGCCAUCUCCGGGGCUCUGUCCCAGCAGUCGGCAGUCCCCCUGCUACCUCUCCCCUUCGGCGCGCCCACACCCGCCCAACCCUCUGAUCCCUGCCCCGAGCCCGGCCGCGGCAGCGCCGCGCUCCCCGGCCCUCAGCCCCGCUCCCUCGCACCUCUCAAAGGGACUGGAGAGGGGGAGUGACAGGGGAGAGGGGCAGCCACCACAGGAUUACCCACAAUCCUUGGAACCAGACCUGCCACCUGUUUAUACAUUCUCUCCAGUUGCCCUGGGUUACAAGGCCGGGCCGUCUCCUCCUGAAGCCCGGCUGGCUGAGCAUCCUUUGGCAGAAGACGAGCCAGCGGGGCCCGAAUCCAAGUCUCUCUCCCAACAAUGCCACGUCCAGCCUCUCACUGUAGAGGAGGAGAUGAGGAAGGAGGAGGAAGACUGCAAAGUGGUGAAGUCCCUGGAGGAAGCGAAAGGAUGCUCUGAAUCUGAGACAGGGAGCCAAAUUUCUGGAUUACUGCCAUGUCCUUUCCAGGCUCCAGUUUCGGAUCUAGCUAUAAAGGGGGAUCUUCCUCUGGGUUGCUCAGGUCAGAAGGCUGGCCUCGAGGAGAGCCAGCUAUCCAAAGAGGAAGGAGACGACGAGGAGCAUGGAAAAGUGGACUUUGAGGAGAUUAACGUGGAGCCUGAACCAGAUGAAUGUACCAUCUCUGUGCCUGCGGAGCCCGAAGAGGAGGAGGCGGAGCAGGAUGGAGAGAAUGUAGAGGUGGUUGAGGAUAUUAAAGCAAAAGAGGAUAAGAGUGGGAGAAGUCCAGAUGAAGACUUGGAAGUAUUGUGUCCUUCUCCCGCUCCGUCCCAAUCUGACCCGACUGUUCCUCCAACGAGCGCAGCAGCUCAACUGGAAGGGGCCUACAUGUGGAGUCUGGAGCUGUUGAUUGCCGCGGCCCUGUGUGCCUCCAGAGAUGCCUUGUGCCCUCCAGUACCCGUUGAUCAGGCACCGUGCCCUUCAUCACAUCGUGGAAUGGAAAUAUUGGGGGAACUUGCUGAGCUGGAGAUCCAGCAGAGGAGCAGAGAGUGUAAACACACAGACGCUGACGGUGAGGAAGUGCCGACCCUCGGCCUCCAGAGUCUGGCGGCGCUGGCGGCGGCCCGGGCCCUGGAGAUGGGCAGCGAGGCCGUGGCGGACGCGGGGGUCGAGCAGCAGUGCCCGAUCAGGAAGAGGCUCAACCUGCGCAGGAAGUGCAGCUGGACGCCUCGGCACGAGCCGGCCUGGACUGAAUUUACUGAAGGAAAAAACCAGGAGUGCACUGUCCAAUCACAACUUCAGCAGCCUCAGCGUCACAGAAAUAAAAGCUUGCUGCAACCACAAAGGCCGCCCCAGUGUUCUGAGCUCCAGGCUGGCCAGGCGGAUGACCCAGCUGAAGCAGAAGGCUGCAGCCCAGCGUGGCGCACCGUCAGCAGGCGCAUUGCACAGCAGCGAGGAAGACCCCUCCAAAAUUCACUGCAGACAAGAAGGAAAAAGCCUGCAGCAGGAACUGGCAGACACUCAGACCGUGAAGAGGAAGAGAGGUCGAAAGCCCAAAGUGCUGAUGAGUAUCAACCCUAACAGAUCACUUCACAAGGACGGCCGAGGCCCUGACAAACACAAAAGAAGAGGAGAGAAAAGUUGCAGCGAAACUUCGGAGCACGAGGAGGAGGUUGGCAGCUACGACAGCGACGACGGAACAGGUGACAUCAAGAUUAGCUCAUCCUCUAAAGAAGCGUCUGCAAACCCUGCUGGGACUUUGUCCUUUUCAUCUCAGUCCUCCAAGCUCCAAGCAAACCAAAAAGUCAAGAAUAAGAGACCAGAACCUCUAGGCCUGGGAAGCUUGGCCUGCAUCGAGCAGAGAAGAGCACCCAAGAGGCCGAACCAUGCCAACAUGGAAAGGGGACGUCCAGACCACCCAGGGGCUGCCAGAGCUUCYCUGCCCAGCUGGGGCAUGUUGCCAGUGGGCUCCAACUUUGGGGACAGCCAUGGAAACCCCCGAGCUCUGAUGGAGGCAAAGCGAAUUGGCAGUGAGAGGAGGAUCUCUACAGGACAGGGCUUUCGUGGAAAGGACAAGGGCCACGCCGUGAGCCGACUCCUGCAGAGCUUUGCGGCUGACGACGGCUUUCGUUUGGACGAAGAAAGCAGCUUCUCUGAGGGGGAGGAGGACGAGGAGGAAGAAGAAGAGGAGGAAGACGAGGAAGACGAGGUGAAGGAGAAGUCAUCUCACCUUCCUCCCAACAUGCCUUGCAGAAUACCUGCUCUGCCAAACUGUGUGCUGAGUAAAGAGAUGUUGGUAGACGGGCUGAAGAUCCUGAUCUCCAAGGAGGAUGAGCUGCUGUAUGCUGCUUGUGUUCAAACUCUGGACCUGCCUGACAUAUUCAGUGUUGUCAUCGAAGGGGAACGAGGGAAUCGCCCCAGGAUCUACUCACUGGAGCAGCUACUACAAGAAGCUGUGUUGGAUGUCCGACCGCAGACCGAAGCCAUCCUGACUGCAGGAACGCGUGUUUGUGCCUACUGGAGUGAGCGGUCUCGCUGCCUUUACCCCGGUUAUGUCCAGCGUGGAAGCCCAGGUGAGAAGGAAAAGGAGGACAGUGUGAUGGUGGAGUUCGACGAUGGAGACAGAGGAAGGAUUUCUCUUGUAAACAUCAGACUUUUGCCUCCUGGAUACCAAAUUCGCUGUGCUGAACCUUCUCCAGCAUUGCUGAUCUCUCCUGGUCGGCGAGGGCGGCGAGGCUCAACUGUGGAGAAGAAAGAAACACCUACAGAAAAAACAGCCAAUGAGGAGGCAGGAGAGAAGCCCCAGGAAAAAAGGCCAGUUGGCAGGCCGAAGAAAAUCUACUCCAUGCCAAAGACAGCAAGCACGCCCACUUCUGUAACAGACACUGCAACAAAAGGCAACAGCUCUUUGAUGACUUGGUCUGUGCCAAGGAAGAGACCCCCAGUUGACUUUUUCCUCUUCAACGGGACAUCUCGGAAGGCCCAAAAGAAAAUUAGAGAGCGAGACUUUGGGUUAUUUCAUCGGCCUGCUUUACAUUCUCUAGCACCAUCAACCCCUAUUAAAAGCAUUUUUGGCACUCCUUUUGCGGUUGACUCAUUCAGUAGCAUUGCUAAUGGCUACUCCACCUUUGGACAUGGUGGAACCUCUGGAACCGGGAGGCCGGUCACUAGCAUGGCUUCCAUGGGGCUCCAGGACCUGUCAUGCUCCUCGUCUGUCACCAUGGCCAUGGCAGCUGGGAGCCGUAAGCCUGUGAGCGAGCGGGACAGGAAGCACUUCUUAGUGAAGCUUGACCAUGAAGGAGUGACUUCUCCCAAAACGAAGAAUGGCAAAGCUUUACUUCGACUUGGAGRAGCUGGAGGGAGAGGAGUAAAAAAUCAUUCUCCUGCAGGGGCACCRCUACGAUACGUCAGCCCUUCACUGCUCGUCAAAGCUGGCACAAAGGAAGGAGGAGACAGGGAGUGUGCUCAGCCUGACACUCUUCUAAAGGGUGUUCCAUCCUUGAGAAAGGAGGCCAUUCCUGCUGGUCUUGGAGUAAAAGGUGGAGACUAUAAUCUGGACUACCCCAGUGACUGCCCUAGUUCCUACUCCGAACUGGAUGAGGAUGAUGAGGAUGAUGGUCAAGGAGCUGACGCCCGAAGAAGGAGAGCAGCUGUACCAUCCCAUCGUGGCGGACGAUUUCUGUCCCGUCCCUCCAUCUGCUUUUCCUCCUCUUCCUCCUCCUCUUCCUCCUCCGGCUCCAUUUCGUCCUCGUCCCUCUGUUCCUCUGAUAACGACUCUUCUUACUCCUCGGAUGAAGAGUCUUCCUCUGUGCUGCUGCGACGAGCACUUCUCCAGCAGGACAAACAGAAAAACAAGUCCAGUAUGAGCGCUGACCUUCGAAGCCCUGACCCCACUACCUCUACUUCAGUUCCAGCUAAUGGGUAUGUGACCAAAGCUGGCGUAGCCAUUGGAGGGUCAAAGGUGAGGACAGACAGAGCAGAAAACAGGAAGGAAUACAUCUGUAAAGGGUCUCUGGUGGCUAACAGCAGCACAGCUAAGACGCAGCUGAAAAGGAAAGAAAGCGUACCUUACAAUCACCAUCAAAGCCAAAGCUGUCCUGUGAGCCAGCAGCUGAAACCUGCCUCCAAGGAUCCGGCAGCGACGAAAAAACAGAGGAUGUCUUCACCUGAACCCCUUCCCAAAGCGACCUCCUUGCUGCCUGGACGUCACCUCUGGAAAUGGUCUGGCAAUCCCACACAGAGGAGAGGUCUUAAGGGUAAAGCCCGUAAACUUUUCUACAAGGCCAUCGUGCGGGGCAAGGAGAUGGUGCGUGUUGGCGACUGUGCUGUGUUUCUGUCACCUGGGCGACCCCAGCUGCCCUAUGUGGGCAGAGUGGAGAGCCUCUGGGAGUCGUGGAGCUCCAGCAUGGUGGUCAGGGUCAAAUGGUUUUACCAUCCGGAGGAGACUCGUUUAGGGAAGCGACACCACGAUGGCAAGAAUGCCUUGUACCAGUCGAGCCAUGAGGAUGAAAAUGACGUACAGACCAUCUCCCAUCGCUGUCAGGUGGUCAACAAGGCUGAGUACGACCACCUGACCCACGAUCGCAAUCCAGGUACCACUUCCAACGACCUGUUCUACUUGGCCGGAACCUACGAACCAACGACAGGCCAGCUGAUCAGCGCUGACGGCAUGGUCAUCAUGUCUUAGCACCACCGACUCGAGAGUAAUCCAAAUACUGACCCGAUCACUGGAGUUCUAAGAUGGUCCUUCAAUGCACAGCUGUGGACAGAGGCAAAUCGAAAGCAAGCAAUUUUGACUUGAUCGAUUUGCCCCUUGCAGAAGAAGGAUCCUAGCCCCUCGGAUAACGCCUUGCAAUACUGGCACUUAUAGGAGCCCUGUUUGUUCUGAGGCAAACGCUGGCCCGCGCCAGAUUCAUCCUUGGAAGCAGGGGUGGGGGGAACUGAGGCUUCUUGUCACAUGGAGAGUUUUCAGCCUGCCUCACGAUUGCCUCACCAAGAACCUGAGCACUUUGGAGUUUAACAGUUUGAAUACAUUUUGAAGGGAGGGCAACACACUUAGCUUUCUGAAAAAGACAUGGAGAGCAGGAUAGACUAAAUAGUAAGGAGUGACUUAUUGUAAACCACACUGGUUUGGAUGGAUGUAAUGGUCUUAUGCUGGUAGUCUGACUGAGAUUGAGUGCUCCCCGAUAGGACCAAUAAGCACUGUAGUUUGGACUUAAAUGCGUAGAUGCGUGUUUGCAGAGUGAAUGCGAUGAACCUGUUUGAUGAGCUCUAAGUAAAUAGUGCUUUAACACGUGUGUUUGGGCAGACCGUGUGCAUGUGUGUGGCCAUCCACUUAAGACAUCGACGUCACGAUACAGCAUGGGUAUAUUCCUGACACUCUUCUAUUAACCAGUCCAGUACUUUACGUGUAGUUUUUAGCCAUUGCGACAGAAAUGCAGAACAAAGUUUUUUUUUUUCUCCUUGUAAGCCAUACACAUCAAUACCUCUCUCUCUCGUACCCUCCUGUCUGGGUGCGAAGACACAUGUACAGGCUGUGUUUGUGUGUGCGCGCGUGUGUGGGUGAGUGUGUGUGUGUGUGUGUGUGUGCUUUGUACAACAUUUAGUGUAGAAUAACACAUUGUAAAUAAUAUAUAUAUAUCUAUUUGUUUUUAUUUUUUGUUUUACUUUUUUUUUGCAGAGAUUAUUUUAUUUCGAUUUUUUUAGGACAGGUGGGAGGGUUGGGGUUCUGGCAGAGGUAGAUUAUGUUUUCUUCUCUAAUGCACUGAAUAGAAUUUAAAGUUUGGUCAAACUCUGCGACUGAUGUGAGGACUUUUUGGUUGURAACGUUGGUCUAGGCAAAAAAAAGUAAAUAUGUAGAAAUUGUUUKGGACAUGUUUUUAUAUGGAAAUCCGAAAAAUAACUAUAUGAGUCUAGUCCUGUAUUUUUUAUUGUAUAUAUAUUAUUUUGUUUUAUUGUUUGUUUGUUUUGGAUAUACUGGAAUGCUGGAAAAAGCAAACUGAGUUCCUGCUUCAUCCUGAAAGAAUCUAACUCGUUUAGGGGGAAGAAUAAAGCUUUUAUUUAUGUUUUUGUCCGUAUUCCUGUAGAAAAUGUAGAUAUUUAUCUGGCAACAUAAAGAAACAUACCAAAGCACCUGCUAGUUUACGCUGAACCACAUUAGAUGGGGGGAAAAUUUUUUAAAAAUAAUUAUGAAAGAUGUUCAAUCAAUUCUGAAUCCGGGACCCCUGCAAUCACAGAGGUAUUUGGUAGCGCUCCUCUUGUCCACUCAUGUUUAUCCAGUGUUGUUAUGACGGCCUCCGAGAAACCUUGCAGCAACAUUGUCGACACGCUGCCCAGCUGAUGCACUUGUGGUUUCUAUGGCAACCAGAACAGCAUCAUGUGACUGUGAAGGACAAUCAGAGCCAAUCAAUGGGACAAUGCUGAGAGACAAAAAAAAAAAAAAAACACGAUAAAAGGAUCAAAUCACAACUAACGCUUCUUGUCACUUUUAUUCAUGCUUUGCCAAAAAAAAUAAUGUUUGAAUGUUUUUAUGUUUAUCAUCAUCUUCUUGUUUAUGCAAACCAAGGAUGGCUGUUUGUUGUCAGUAUAUAGGAUGUACAGGAGAAAGAACAUGAAUGCCUUUUUUAAAGCUUUUUUGUAGGACUUUGACUGACUUAACAGCAUUGUGGCUGUUACACUGCAAAGCAAAAGCUUUAAAUGGAAUCUAAUGUGAUACUCCAUUUUGAAAUAUUACUUUGUGGGUCUUUAAAAGAUUUUUUUUUUAAAAAAAGCUGUAUUUUCUUUAAGAAACACUGGAUUCAGUUUUGAACAUCAACAUUUCAACAGGGGCAACAUCAUUGUGUGUUUUUUUUACGACCCACUGGAACCUGCUUUGUAUGGUUAAAAUAGCCUACUAAAAAUAUAUUAUGUAAUUUCAGUCAUUCUUUGGAAAUAUGACUUAAAUAUUUCCUCGUGUACAAAAAGAAAAAAAUAUUUAUCUUAAUUUUAUUGCCUUUUGUGUUUCAUUAAAAAAGAUUCUUAAAAAAAA